AUGGUUUUUAUUCCGCUAGUGGGGAUAGAUAACCAUUGGAAGAGUGUAACUUUUGGUGCAAUAUUGCUUGAGAAGGAAGAUAACGAUAACUAUAUAUGGGCCUGUGAAUCCUUCAAGAAAGUUUUUGUCAAGAAUCCUAAAUGUAUAAUCACAGAUCAGGACCUUGCAAUGAAGCUUGGUACUGUUUUCUGCGCCGAGUCAGGCUUCAUGGAGAAACUUAACCAGUUUAUCUGGUCAGAUCACAUUACUCCAGAAGAGUUUGAACAAGGAUGGUCUGAUGCUAUUGAAGAAUUUGACUUGAGUGACAAUGUAUGGCUCAGGGAAAUGUUUGAACUGAGGAAUUUUUGGAUUCCAGCAUACUUUAAUGACGAGCCAAUGGUUGGCCUUCUCCGAACAACAUCUAGAUCAGAGAGUUCUAAUUUUUAUUUUGGCAAUUAUGUUCAAAGAGGAGACACACUUUCAGAGUUUUAUCUCUGUUAUCAAAGUGCAAUUGACAAACAGAGGAAUAACUCGAAGAAAUUGACCCACUAUGAUGAUUUCACACCAAAGUUAAUCACUGACAGAGAGAUUGAGAAGGAUGCACUGAGGCUUUACACCAGGGCUAUGUUCUAUAAAGUACAGGAGGAGAUCAAAGCUAGUAGUAUGGAUAUUGUCGUCUUGAGCAUGAAUUUUUCGGAGAAUACAAGAACAAUAAUGAUUCAAGACACAUUCAAAAAGGGAAUCACUUUCAAGGUUGCAGUUAACAUGGAAACAAACAAUAUUGAAUGUUCGUGCAAACUUUUCACCAGAGCUGGUUACCUAUGCUCUCAUGCUUUUUUCUGCCUUGGCAUAUGUGGAAUAAAAUUAAUACCAAGACAGGAUGUAUGCAACAUGUGGCUGAAGAAUGCCAUAGAGCGUUUCAGUACACUAGAGCUUGGAGAAAUAUCUGAUACUGGUACAACACAGUUAUCUAGACGGGUUAAGUCGCAAGAUUGUUGGUUUGAAUUUCAGGGUUGUCUCAGUGAUGCAUCUGGAAAUGCCGAUAUUUUGGAGUAUAUUAGAAGUGGCCUGAGUAGUAUGCGUAAGCACAUUACAGUGACAAUGAAGAAGCCAAGGACACGAUUGAAUUCUGAACAAAUUGAAGAAUUAAUAGAUUCUCGUGUUGUUGAAGAGAUCUCAAUUCCACGGAGUUACGGAUUUCUCGUUCUUCUCGGUGAUUUUGUUCUCGACAGUGGUCGGAGUUAUCAUGUUUUUGUGGGUUUGUUCUCAGAUAUGAGGCUUUCUCAACAGCCAGAGAUACCAGUGCCGUGA